UGGGAGGGGAGCAGAGCUUGUGCCUUGGACUGCGGGAGGAUUGCUGAGCUUCUGGCUACCUUCUCCCUGCUCAGAGUAUUUCCCAAGAGAAAAGCUUCUUCCCAGCAUGGCAAGUGGGAAGGCCUUAAAUCGUGAACUUUCUAAGCUUUUCAAUGAGAUGUGGGAUGCAGAUGUUCACCGCCUUAGGCCUGGGAGAGACUACACAAUUGACGUGCAGGGAAAAGCAGGUCCAGCACAGCAAGGGAACAGGGCUGUCCCGGACAACGCAGCCAGACAUCUGUUUCACAAUGUAAACGAAGAACGCCUGAGGAGCAUAAGAACUUUUGCAACCUUUAUUUCCUUAUUGGACAACUAUGAGACAUCAACUGGUGUAGCAGAAGUAGUGACUCCAGAAGAAAUAGCUGAAAACAACUGUUUCCUUGAUGCUAUCUUAGCAACAGAAGUCAUGAGACUAGCUCAUGACUAUCUGCUGAAAAAAAACCUAGCAAGGCCAAACCUUGCAGAUUUCAAACGUCAGCUUUAUGACAUCUGGUUCCAGCUCUAUGCCAGGAAAGAAGGAGACAGACCUGAUUCUUGUGGUUUUGAACAUGUUUUUGUUGGAGAAACAAGGCAUGGUAGAGAGAUCCUAGGUUUGCACAACUGGGUGCAAUUUUACCUUCAGGAAAAGCGCAACCAGAUUGAUUACAAGGGAUACGUAGCUCGGAAGAACAAAACCAGGCCUGAUAAAGAUGACCAAGUUUUGAGCAUCCAGUUCAGCUGGAAGGGCUCAGUCAAGCCAGUUGGAAGCACCUUUAUUGGUGUCAGCCCGGAGUUUGAAUUUGCCCUUUACACAGUCAUUUUCCUGCUGUCUGAAGAAAGAGUCACACGUGAAACAGUGAAGAUAGAUGAGUACGAGCUACAGAUGGUUGUCUGGCGCCAUGGGCACCACAUUGGAACAGCAUAUCCAGUCCUGCUCAGCACCACUAGUGAAGAUUAG